AUGAACACGAUACAAACAGCCUAUGCCGGGUUACAGUUGAAAUCGCUCCCCUUGGCCGUGGUUCUCAUUUCAACAUGCAUCCUCAUACUCACACGCAUUCUUAGCGGUCUUCAGAAUUAUGCUAGAAAGACGAAAGACACAAAACAGGUGCGCCGGCCUAAAGCAGUGCCGCAUUGGAUACCAUGGUUAGGCCAUAGUGUCUCGUUUGCCCGGAAUCACAUAGACUUCCUAGAAAAGGCUAGGAACCGAUUGAAUGAGGCUGUAUUUUCCAUAGUGAUUGGUGGCGCAAAGCACAAUGUUGUCAUGUCACCAUCCAUGAUCAAGUCUGUCUUGACAUUUAGGGGUGUAACAACAGCUCCUCUAGUCAAGCAUAUUGCGCGGAAGAUUCUCGGCGAUCGUGGCUCCUUCGAGAAAUUGAACCCUUCUGACAGCCAUGUUUUUGUUCACAACAUUCCAAAUCAGUUCAUGCAUGAGCCGUCUCUGUCUCAAACCUCGACAUCGGCUACCCGUUUUAUCGAACGGGAGGUUCCGAAUCUAGUGACUUUCUGUUCAGCCCCCAUUGACCAGAUGCUUUGGGAGCGGCCAGGCGACGUCCGUAUUGUCGAGGGAAUGAAUCAACCUGUUUGCGAGGUAGAUUUCUUUACACUCAUUAGACACUUUGUUGGGACAACGACGACUACUUCACUAUUUGGUCAAUCUAUCUUAGAAACUUUCCCGAAUUUGCUUCAAGAUAUCUGGAGUAUUGAUGACCAAUUUGCGACUUUAUCAAUGGGGCCUCCUCGCUAUCUGACGCCCAAGAUUUCUGCAGCUUAUAUUGCCCGUGACCGACUAUUAGACAUACUUUCUGUAUUCCAUCAAGCAUUGCUAUUUUGGGAUGAGGGGAAAGAUCUUGGGACAGAGUUCCGCGAUCUUCGCGACCUCGACGACGUUUCGAAGCCGGUCAAGGAACGGGUCCGCAUGGCGAAGGACUUGGGACUAUCGGCAGAGGAUACCGCUCCCGCACAUUUAGCCUUGCUUUGGGCUAUGAACGGCAACUCGCCCAAUAUUGUGCUUUAUCACCUUCUUCACUUAUACUCCAAUCCGACUCUGCUGGAGGAAAUCCGAAAUGAGAUUGCCCCGUAUGUUCGGGUGUCGAGACCUAGCAGAGAGGAAACUGGGUUCCCGAUCCUGGAGGCACCCAAACUUUCGAUUGACAUGGACAAGCUAUAUGAUUCGUGUGAACUUUUGAAAGCGACCUUCUACGAGACUCUACGCUUGGAUUCAGCAGGACUUUCAUUCCGGCAAUUGACUGCAGACCUGACACUCACUGAAACCAAGGAGGAAGCCGCGAGCGCAGGUGAAUCAACUCCACGGUCUUAUUCUCUUAAGCGCGGAGAGCUAGUCAUCGUACCCCAUGGGGUUGUCCACAACGAUCCCACAUACUUUUCUAACCCCGACCAAUUCGACCCUCUGAGGUUCAUCCAGACCCACCCCAACACCGGCCAGAAACGCGCAAAAUUCGAAACCAUGAAUCCGUUUGGGGGUGGAAUGCCCGCAUGCAAAGGGCGCGCUUUUGCAGAGAAGAAGAUUUUGGCUUUGUCGGCAGCAAUUAUGUCCUUGUGGGAGGUCAAGCCAGCUGAUGAGAGGGAUUUCAAGAUCCCAGAGCACAAGAUUUCGAGUGCUGCUUUCCUGCCAAAAAAUGAUAUUCGGGUGCGAAUAUCAUCGCGCUUUCAUUCAUGA